AUGAACAACACCAGACUCGCUUUCCGAGCUUUGACUCGGCAGAACGCAAGCGUGCUCAGCAAGCGACCUCUAUCACUUUCAAGCCGAGCACUCUUCAAAGCAGAAACCGAUCAUGUCUCGCCUCAGCAGACAUCCGCCCAGCGGCAACACCCUAACGUUGACGAGCACCGCAAAGCUCAAAUCGAACGACCUCUCAACCCUCAUAUGACCAACACCAACCCAGCAGCGGUCAACGAGAACGAACUUCCAUCAGCAGGAAAACUCAACGUGCCAGCAGACUUCUUGAGCCAUGUCGAUGGAAACUAUACCCCAAAGGACAAACAUCCAGAAAACACAGAGAAGAUGACUGGAGGCACUCAGACAGGUGACCCUGACAAAGUAAGCCAAUCAAAUACUGCCGCUCCUGGAGAGUUUGGUGUGGGUGAAAUGGAAGGCGCCGAGUUCAAGAUUGAGCCUAUAAGACGGACGGGCGAGGAUGCACCUACCAUGCGAGCCAGAUUACUAUACCAAAGCAGAAAACGAGGCACACUAGAAUCCGACCUCCUCCUCUCCACCUUCGCCUCGCAACACCUCAACAACAUGGACAAAGGCCAACUUGAACAAUACGACCGCUUCCUCGACGAAAACGACUGGGACAUCUACUACUGGGCCACACAGACCGCAGCGGGCGGCUCUCCGACAUCCCUAGAAUACGCCGAAGGCUCGGUCUCGAACAUGCCACCUUCGACAGAUUCACAGUAUAACGCGCCGUCUGACCCGUCGAAACAGCAAGAGACAAAAGCCUGGCAGCAGGGUGCGCCGAAGAGUGGAGAGUGGGCGCAGACGGUGGGGACAUUCAAGCCUGCUUAUCGGCCGGUGCCGCAGAGGUGGAAGGACAGUGAGAUUUUGAAUUUGUUGAGGAAGCAUGUUAAGGAGAGGAGUGCGGGGGGUGUUAAUGAGGAUGUUGAUGCUAAGGCGCAGGCGACGGGGAUGGGGAGGAUGCCGUCGUUGUAG